GGCAUUUUCGAAAGUUUCCAUUUAGUCAUUUACGUUGGAGUUUUGGAAGAUGAAAAAGUUCAAGAAAAGGAGAAAUGUGGUCAAGAUUUUGUCAGACAUGGAGCCCAGCAUCUGCAGCCAGUUUUUAUUCAUUGCUGAUCCGGGAUAUUGGAGAUAUUUAAAUAUGCAUAAUCCCUAUGCUCAAAAUACCUGUUUUGAAAUAUUAAACACUUCAAUAUCCGCAGAAAAUAUAGAAGAAAUAUUCAACAAACAUAGGAAGAUAGCUAGCACAAAGAAGCUUCAAUAUCUGGAACAGUUUGUAACCGACUUCUAUAAUCUUUCCCGAGUACUACUGAUCGACAAUGUGGCCAUAACACUGCACCUUUGCACCUUGGAACGAUUGGAUAAUUUUGAAAUUAUAAUCCGCAGCCACAUGAAGGCCUUUAAAAAGAAAAUAAUAACCCGAAAAUUGAUCUUUCAACUCUUGAGGGCAUUGAUCAUAAUCUAUGACCGCUGAAGCAGCCAGGGCAUCGUACUAAAAAUUAUAUUUAUUUGACAGCUAGAUUAUACAAACAUGGGAAUACAAA